AUGCAGGCGUCGAGCAGCACGGCGGGAUACCACACGUCAUUUGCGUUUCGCCACGCUGCGGAGUUCAGGGACCCACAGGUGCGGGUCCACGGCUACACGGAGCCGUGUCUCACUCCCGCGCAGCACGCCGCCGUCAUUGCAGGUGUCUCUCUCACUUCGGCGUGCUUGAAGCGCCCUAUCGUCAAGCUGGAUGCGUUCUACUUUUUAAGCGAUGUGCCGGGGGAGUCGAACCGCAUCUACGCCUCGGACAAGCGGGCGCACUUCUUCCGCACGCUGUUUAGCAUGCGCUGGUUUACGGGCCAGCCAAUUCUCAGGAGCGCUGCGGAGUACAUACUGCUGCUCGCGCUCUUCACACGGCUGCGCGAGUGGCUGAAGCGGGCGGGCGGCGUAGCGGCGGGGCUUGCGGCUGGUGGGCUCACUGGCGUCGCGUACACGGCGCUGCGGCACCCGUAUGACGUGCUCUGCGCGACAGCGGAGGCGGCUGUUGGUCCCAAGAAGUUUGGUGGUGCUCGGGACGUGCUUCUGACGGCGCUACGUGAGAAGCCGUCAGUGCUGCUUGGCAUCUACCGUGGUGUGACGGUGGCGGCGUGUGGGCGGAUGAUGCAGUACGGUGCACAGUUCGGCGUCUACAAUGCAACGCGGUACGACGGGGUGUAUCACCACACAGCCCUCCUGUUCCUGUACUGUCAUUUCGGCGCGUUCCUCGGGCUUGUGCUGCAGUAUCCCUUCAUGUCUGUAAGGCACCAGCUGUACAUGCGCAAUCAGUUUACACGCGGUAAGCCGCACACGUUUCGUUCGUACAUCGCGGAGGUGCGGGUACGGCACGGCAUCACAAAGAUUUACGACGGCUUCUUCACCAGUCGGCCCAUUCUGAAUGCGGUUCCACCUGCCUUGAUGAUGACGCUGUAUGAUGUGUGUGUGCGGCGCUACACGGAGUACCUCCACCCGGAGCUGCAGAAGCUGCACGGAGAGGUGGAUCAGCCGCUCUAUAGUAGCCGCAAAGUACCUUACGCAGAGUCACUCCCGAAAUAUGAGUUUGAGCAAAAGUGA